GAGACAACAUGAGUGGACGCGGCAAAGGAGGAAAAGGUCUUGGAAAGGGUGGCGCAAAGCGUCAUCGCAAAGUUCUUCGCGAUAACAUCCAGGGUAUCACCAAGCCUGCAAUCAGGCGCCUCGCUCGCCGUGGUGGUGUGAAGCGUAUCUCUGGGCUCAUCUACGAGGAGACUCGUGGUGUGCUGAAGGUGUUCCUUGAGAACGUGAUCCGUGAUGCCGUCACCUACACCGAGCAUGCUAAGAGGAAGACUGUCACAGCCAUGGACGUCGUCUAUGCUCUGAAACGCCAGGGCCGUACUCUGUAUGGUUUCGGAGGUUAAAUAUCGACUCGCCCAAUAAAAACCCAAAGGCUCUUUUAAGAGCCA